AUGUCAGCCGCACAGAAUACCGAAUCUAGUAACAGCCCCCAAAUGGUUUAUCUACAUAACUUAUCGACUCAUCUCUAUCCUUCCCUUUGUCAUAAAAUAAACAUCCAUCACUAUUCACUCCUCAAAGGUGUGCAAAAAGCCAAUAUGUUUGCUAGUGAUCUUGGGACUGAUCGUGUUCCAUCUGAUUGCCAAUGGGUCGCGGAAUCCCUUGACUCAGAUUUCCUACAUGGCCUAUCCCUGCAAGAUAUUGAUACCGUCAUUAGGCAGUAUCAACAGUUACUAAAUGCAACACCAGCUAAGCAUGUCGACAGAGCCUCGCGGCUGGAAAAGCUCGGGAUUGCAUUUCAUACAAAAUAUCAGCAGACAAGCGGAAGUCACGACCUGGAAGCCGCCCUUGAAAAGUACCUUGAAUGUGUCGAAGCCACUGCAAAGGAAGACCCGCAGCUUCAAAUAAGGCUGCACUAUCUUCAGUCCAUACACGAUUUGAAAUUCGAGGAAUCGGGAGAACUGGCAGAAUUAAAUGAAUGUAUUAGAAAUUGCCACCAGGCAGUGGCUUGCAUCAAUGACAGACAUCCAGAUUACUCGCGCCGAGUACAACGCCUUGCGGGUAGACUUCGAGAACGCUCUUGGCUGACAGGAUGCAUUGCUGACUUGGACAAUGCUGUCAACCUUUGCAAGCACGGUCUUGCUGCCACUCUCCGGGAGCAUGUUGACUGGCCUGUGCGAGCUCACAACCUUGCUUCCACAUGUUACGACAGAUUCCAGAUCAGAGGGGAAAAAGAAGACCUUGCCACGUGUUUUCAAUACUAUUUACAAGCACUUGAUGCAACUCCCAGCCGCCAUCCUGCACGAGCACGCAGGCUUGACGUCCUCGGUGGUAUAUAUGUCGAGAAAUAUGAACUGGACGGCGAUGUCGCGGAUCUACAGGCAGCAACUCAAUAUUUUCAGGACGUGGUUAAUGCAACGACACUUGAACAGCCUGAACGUGCCAGCCGCCUCCAGAAGCUAGGAGUGGCAUAUUUCAGACAGCAUCAGAGACUGGGCCAUAUGAAACACCUGCAAUUAUCCUUGGAUUAUUUUCAAGAGGCUCUCGACUUGACGCCCAAAGACCAUCAAGACUACGGCUAUCGGAUGUUUCAACUCGGCGUUGCACGAUGUGAGAAGUUCAAGCGCAACGGAAACAUGGACGACCUCAGCGUAGGGAUUAGGCUUCUCGAGACAAGCAUUCAAAUAACGCCGGAGUCUCAUCCAGACUACGUCCAUCAAGUCUACAAUCUGGCUGUGGCAUACGGAGACGCAUGCGACAAGACAUCGGAUCUGAACCUUUUAGAUGCAAGCAUUGAGAAUUACCAAAAGGGGUUGGAAAUGACACCAAGUAAGGAAGCAGACCGAGCUCGCCAACUUCAGAACCUUGGGUCUUCGUACCAGUCAAGAUAUGAGAGGAGGGGUGCUUUAUCAGACUUGAAGAUUGCCAUUGACUAUUAUUGUAAAGCCCGAGAAAUAACUUCAAAGGAUAGCCUCGAAUGGCCUGAACGGCUUCAACAUAUCGGAGUAGGCUACCAUGCUGCUUUUGACCGCGGACACAAGAUCGAAGACAUCAACAUAGUCAUCAAUAUGUAUCAGGAAGCUCUGGAUCUCACCCCGUUGGACGAUCCGCGGCUGCCACAACGGCAGGGAAAUAUCGGGCGGGGCUACUAUGAGCGCUAUCAAUUGUUGGGAGACAUGGCGGAUUUAGACACGGCCAUCCGCUGGCACAAAAUCGCUCUCGAUACAACAAGAGAAACGGUACAUCGGUCGUUUAUCCUAGAAUGUCUUGGUGCUGAGUAUCAAAUGAGAUAUAGGAGGCUGGAACAUGUGGCAGAUCUAGAAGAGGCGACUCGGAAAAGCCAGGAGGCCCUGGAUGAAACGCCGGACAAGGACUCAAACCGAGCACGCCGGAUGCAUUACGUUGCAACCUGCUUUCACCUCAAGCACAAGAGAACAAAUGAAUCUGAAAAUCUGAAAAAGGCAUUGGAGUAUCUUCAUAACGCCCUCAACUAUCCAGAUAGCACUCCAAUGGAUCGAUUUCCGCCAGGCAAGAUGCUAUUGGAUAUCUACACAGAGGCUCAGAAUUGGUCCAAGGCAUACGAGGUUGCCUCGGCAGUGGUUUCACUGGUUCCCCUCCUCGUGUCUGCCUCACUCGACAACUCUGACAAACAGUUUAUCCUGGUUGCGCUGGCCGAGAUCGCAGGGUUAGCAUGUGACGGCGCUGCAGUAGCCCUUCUAGCAGAGGUCAACCCAUACGAGGCUAUUGCACUGCUAGAACUCGGACGUGGGGUUCUCAUAGGCACCCUCAGCGACCUGAAGGUGGAUAUAUCGGACCUGGAACAAAAACAUCCUGAAUUGGCUGAAAGGUAUACAAGACUACGGGAUCAGCUGGAUGAGCCUGUUGCCAGUCAUCUGGACCACCUGGGUACUGUGAAGCGGGCGAAUCGACGUCACUUAGCGGGCCGCGAACUAGAGUCACUCAUCGAUUCCAUUCGUGAGCUACCUGGAUUUGGUCGGUUCCUUCUUGCUCCACUAGAGAGUGAAGUUAGAAGGGCAAGCUUACACGGGCCUAUCGUUAUCAUCAAUGUCAGUGGCUUUCGCUGCGACGCUCUGAUCUUGCAAGACGACCAGAUCCGAGUCCUACCGCUUCCUGGCUUACGGGUGGAAGAUAUCAAGAGUCAUGCGGCAAGUCUGAAUGCUAGAUCAAUCAGCUACAAACUCCUUGAGUGGAUCUGGUAUGCUUUCGCUCGAGAUAUUCUCAAUGAUCUUGGGUUCGUGGGGAAUGAUCCAGGUUUGUGGCCGCGGGUAUGGUGGAUACCUACAGGCCCAUUGUCCAAGUUCCCUUUACACGCAGCAGGUCUUCAUUUCACAGGGGCGAAAGAGACGGUUUGUGAUAGGGUAGUAUCUUCAUAUUCUUCUUCAAUCAGAGCCCUUAUUCGAGGACGCCAACAGUCAGAUGCGAUAGAAGCCAAGGCAGCUCUGCUAGUCGCUAUGAGAGAUACACCAAACCACCCCAGUCUUCCCUUUGCUGCGAAGGAGGUUGCCAUACUCGAUAAGUUUUGCAAAUCACAUGAAAUUACAUCUAUCGAACCUAGCCGAAAGAAGGAGAGAGUCCUAUCAUACCUCCGUGACUGUAAGGUAUUUCACUUUGCAGGCCACGGCAUGGCACAUCAUCAGAACCCUUUGCUCAGCCAAUUGCUGCUAGAAGACUGGGAAAUCGACCCCCUGACAGUAGAGGAUCUGUUAGCAAUGAAUAUUUAUAAGCAGUCCCCACUGCUAGCAUAUCUCUCGGCCUGUAAUACAGGACGGAUCCCAGAUGGAAAUUUCAUUGACGAGAAUGUGCAUCUUAUAAAUGCAUUCCAGUUAGUCGGCUUUCGCCACGUGCUGGGCACUCUAUGGGAGGUAAGAGAUGAGAUAUGUGUUGGUAUGGCCGAAAUGGUCUAUGAAGGAAUGGCGGAGGAGGGAAUGUUUAACAAUUCGAUCUGUCGAGGACUUCACAGAGCAACGAGGGAGUUUCGUGAUCGUUGGGUGUAUCUGAAAGAUCCUGCGCGGAAUGUCGGCUGUGGUCAGGGGGCGAAUCGGGGUGUUGAAGGUGAUAAGGCGUCUCUACUCGCCACACCAAUGAGAAGUUGCAACCUGGAGACCUCACGGGACCCGAGGGAUGUAGUCGCCUUGGAGGAUGAGGUAGACAUGGAAGCGGCUAAACUCUUAGGCUGGGUUCCGUAUGUCCACUAUGGUAUUUAG